AUGGCUAGCGCAGCUUCACAGCAAUCACCAUCUAUGGUACGCAGCCAUUCCUCCUCGCGCAAUCCUCCCUCCUCAUACGCACCCACCUCGCCUGCGCAACCUACCCGGACGCGUUCGACAAACCAAAGACCAGCCGUGUCCUCAGGCCAUGGCCGUUCUGGGUCUCGCUCCCACGAAAAUCCUCCUCAAUCCAACCCCGCGGUUCUUGCAAAUGUCGCCCGCCGAGACUUUGAACAGAGUAAUCUAGCUCGGACGUCCUCUUCACGGAGGAGCUCUCGAGAUGGACGAGGAGAUUACAACACAGAUUCGUCAGCACAUGGACGCACAUCUUCGCGUCCUGGAUCAAGACGCGGUAGUCAAGACUUUCCUGCUCCAACAACGGUGAUGGCCAACGGAGCAUCGGCUCAUCCACCACCUAGCGCGACAUCACAAAGUGAGAGACACUCUUCGCAAACAUAUCCUACUGUGGGUCGUAGACGGACAUCGAUUACCGCCCAAACCGGUACCUGGGCUCUUGGGAAAACCAUUGGCCAAGGUAGUAUGGGAAAGGUCAAGCUGGCAAGAAAUGUCGAAACUGGAGAGCAGGCAGCUGUCAAGAUUAUCCCUAGACAAACAGCUGACGAACACGGUAACCCCAAAGACGAGCGGGCCGAUCGGUCGAAAGAAAUUCGAACAGCCAGAGAGGCGGCCAUGGUAUCCCUGCUUUCACAUCCAUAUAUCUGUGGAAUGAUCGAUGUGCAGAGAACAAACUACCACUGGUAUAUGCUUUUUGAGUAUGUCAACGGAGGUCAAAUGCUGGACUACAUCAUCGCCCAUGGACGGCUCAAAGAAAAACAGGCUCGAAAGUUUGCCCGUCAAAUUGCAAGUGCCCUGGAUUAUUGCCACCGAAACAGCAUUGUUCAUCGAGAUCUGAAAAUCGAAAACAUUUUGAUCAGUAAGACCGGUGAUAUCAAGAUCAUCGACUUCGGCCUCAGCAACCUUUAUUCACCGCGUUCGCUCCUCAAAACAUUUUGCGGAAGCUUAUAUUUUGCCGCUCCGGAGUUAUUGCAGGCUCGCCAAUACACCGGCCCCGAGGUUGAUGUGUGGAGUUUUGGCAUCGUCCUCUACGUUCUCGUUUGCGGUAAAGUUCCUUUCGACGAUCAAAGCAUGCCUCAAUUACAUGCAAAGAUCAAAAGAGGUGUGGUGGACUAUCCCCAGUGGUUGACGGCCGAAUGCAAGAAUAUCAUAUCUCGCAUGCUCGUCGUUGACCCUCGUGAUCGAGCCAACCUGCAGGAAAUCAUGAAUCAUCCAUGGAUGACAAAAGGAUUCAAUGCUCCGCCUGAUAAUUGUCUUCCCCAUAGAGAGCCGCUUCAGUUGCCUCUCGACCCCGAGGUUAUCGAGAAAAUGCAAGGAUUCGACUUUGGGUCUUCGGCCUACAUUACUGAGCAACUCACUCGAAUCGUCGAGUCAGAGGAUUACCAGAAUACCAUACGAAGAACCAAUAAGGAAGAUUAUAGUCACACUUCCAGCAGCAGUGAGAAGAAACGAGGUGUGUUUGACUUCUAUAAACGACGAAAUUCCAUCAGUCGUGAGGGCCUGUCAAUCCCGUCCUCGGAGGCAAUUCGUGGGUUCGACCCGCUCAAUGCCUACAGUCCCUUGAUUUCCAUCUAUUAUCUGGCGCGAGAGAAGCGUGAUCGAGAACGCAGAGAACAGAAUCCGGGUGUUUUGGCCUUGCCCAUAGCCCCAGGAGAGACACCACUGAAACUCCCGGGAUUGCCUACACCCGAGGCCGCACAUACCAACACAUUUGCGCCAGAAAUGCCAGGCGAAAAAGCCACAGGUGGCAGGGCGAGACCUCGCGCCCGGACAAAUGGUGAAGAUGAUGUGGUACACGACGUGAAAGCCCUGGAUAUUCCUGAACGAAAACCUGGCCCAAGCGCAACCUCGCCCGCUACAGCGCCGCCUGUUGACCAGCCCGCGAAAAGAGAGGGAACGGCCAUGGGUCUGCUCAGAAGAUUCAGUACCAGACGUUACCGUGAUCGAGACCCGGAACGGCCUCAGCCUCCGCCGGUUCUCAAUAUCCAGCCUCCGCAAGAUUCGGCGGCCCCCCCACGAAAAUCUUUCUCCGUUCGCCGCUCCCGCAGAAGAGAUCCAAGCCCGACGACUCAUCAUGCCGGAGGAAGUCAGCCUCAGCAUGAAGGUCUUCUCAGUGCCAGUGGCGGACUAUCGAAAGCCGGCAAGUUCUUGGGAAGAUCAACUAGUGUCAAUUCCGCUGAUUAUCGGCCACGGCGUCUCUUGCACCGGGGUGUCUCAGGGAAUGAUUCGCCCUUACUUGCAGCUGAGCCACCACCAACCAGUGGAUCUGAUCAGUCGAGUGUGAAUGCCGGCAAGGCUAGUAAGGGCGUGGAACUUACUGACCGAUCCGCGCCCAACGCUAGUCCGAUGGCUACACCACGUACUCCAGCCGCUACUCGUACGAAGUCUCUGGGUCACGCACGGCAAGAAAGUAUUCAGGCUCGACGAAGACGGCAUGAAGAGAGACGGGAUCGAGAGGCAAACGUUCCAGAGGAGACCGACGCUGAUAUGCGAGACGAUAUGGAUGCCCUAGACACUUCUACCCUUCCCGAUACUCCUGGAACCGAGAUUUCCAAGCCCGCAGGUCUCAAAGGCUUAUUUUCCACUUCCACGACAAGUAGCAAGCCUCCAGAAUUCAUCAGGCAUGAUAUCAUUCGAGUCUUGAAUCAGCUUGGUGUGCAAUACACGGUCAUCAAGGGAGGUUUUUCGUGCAGACAUGCUCCUAGCAUAAAUCUCGAAGGGGUCAAAGAACCUGCGGCAGGUCUUGAAGAGGAGAGGAGUGGGCGUGUGACAUCGGGUCAUCAACGACGGAUUUCAUUUGGAGGAGCAUUCCGGGGGAGGGAACGAGAAGAUCUCAAGGACGAAAGAGUAAGCCGACAUCAUACGAGGAGAAGACAGCCCGAUCAGAGUUUUGUCACAAAUUCCGAGGGUUCGGAUGAAUACCUGCAACAAACGCGACACACCGGUGAUCUACCUAACGACAUGGCCGCGACAAGGACUCGGGUGCAAGAUGACACCGGUGAACGCUUGGUGCUCAAAUUCGAGAUUGCCAUUGUAAAAAUCCCUCUUCUUUCGCUCCACGGCAUUCAGUUCAAAAAGGUGCAAGGUGGUAUGAACCAAUAUCGUUCGAUGACUUCGGCGAUUCUCAAUUCUUUGAGAUUGUGA